GGUCCUGUCUGCGGCGAGCCCCGCAGCACCCCGGGUCUGUGCCAGCACCUGUUGGACAGCCAGCUGGCGGCCAGGGCGGCGCGAGCGGCCACGGCCGAGGCUGCCCCUCCCGGAGGUGCCGACCCCCGCCGCCCUCUCGGCGGUCCGCCGGACCAAGGAUCGGCCUCCCCCGCUCCGCCCGAGCUCGGCCCACGGCCCCCACCUCCCAACUGCCGCCGCUGGGGGAAGGUAGCGAAGGGGAGGGGACAAGCCAGAUCCUCCCGGCCGCCCGGCCUUCCCUCUCCGCCCCGCGCUCUCCGAGACGCCGCGCGGAGCCCCGAGGUUAGCGCCGAGCCCCAGGCGUGGGGGAGGGGACGGGGCCUGACCGGAGCCCCGCGGUGACCCGGCGCUGCCCAACUUUCCUCGGCUUGGAGGAGCUGGGAACUCGCCCGCACAAGGUGAACUUUGGUCGCGGAAAACUCAAGCCAGGUGCCGGGAUCCGUGCUGAGGCGUUCGGGACGCGCGCACAGUGCGCGCGGAGCUGCGAGUCGGAGUCCCGCGGCCCCCUCCACCCGCGCCGGGCCGCCUGGGCCCGCAGCCCCCGGCCCCGCUCCGGCGCCGCGGCCCGGGGGACCCGCGCGGCGCCCUCGUCUGGUUUCCUCCCCCUCCCCCUUCGGGGGUGGGGGUGGGGGUGGGGCGGGGAGAGGGGCGCCCGGAGAGCCACAUCUAUUGGCAGCUUUGUUAUUGAUCAGAAACUGCUCGCCGCGGAACUGGCUUUCAGACUGACUUGGCGCGACCCUUGAGUUUUCGCCUCUGUCCAGGCCCCCCAACUGACAGGUGCUCCCAGCAACUUGCUGGUGACUUCUCGCCGCUCCCCCGGCUCCCCCGCGUCCCCACCCCCUCUUUCCUCCCUCGCCUUCACCCCCACCCCCACCACUUCGGCACAGCUCAGGAUUUGUUUAAACCUUGGGAAACUGGUUCAGGUCCAGGUUUUGCUUUGAUCCUUUUCAAAAACUGGAGACACAGAAGAGGGCUCUAGGAAAAAGUUUUGGAUGGGAUUAUGUGGAAACUACCCUGCGAUUCUCUGCUGCCAGAGCAGGCUCGGCGCUUCCACCCCAGUGCAGCCUUCCCCUGGCGGUGGUGAAAGACUCGGGAGUCGCCGCUUCCCAAGUGCCCGCCGUGAGUGAGCUCUCGCCCUACUCAGCCAAAUGCUCCUCUUCGGGCUUCUCCUGCUGACAUCUGCCCUGGCCGGCCAGAUUCACGGGACUCAGGCUGAGUCCAACCUGAGUAGUAAAUUCCAGUUCUCCAGCAACAAGGAACAGAACGGAGUACAAAAUCCCCAGCAUGAGAGAAUUAUUACUGUGUCUACAAAUGGGAGUAUUCACAGCCCAAGGUUUCCUCAUACUUACCCAAGAAAUAUGGUCUUGGUAUGGAGAUUAGUAGCAGUGGAGGAAAAUGUGUGGAUACAGCUUACAUUUGAUGAAAGAUUUGGGCUGGAAGACCCAGAAGAUGACAUAUGCAAGUAUGAUUUUGUAGAAGUUGAGGAGCCCAGUGAUGGAACUGUAUUAGGGCGCUGGUGUGGUUCUGGUCCUGUACCAGGAAAACAGAUUUCUAAAGGAAAUCAAAUCAGGAUAAGAUUUGUAUCUGAUGAGUAUUUUCCUUCUGAACCCGGAUUCUGCAUCCACUACAACAUUGUUAUGCCACAACUCACAGAAGCUGUGAGUCCUUCAGUGUUACCCCCUUCAGCUUUGCCACUGGACCUGCUUAAUAAUGCUGUAACUGCCUUUAGUACCUUGGAGGAUCUUAUUCGCUAUCUUGAACCAGAUAGAUGGCAGCUGGACUUAGAAGAUCUAUACAGGCCAACUUGGCAACUUCUUGGCAAAGCUUUUGUUUUUGGAAGAAAAUCCAGAGUGGUGGAUCUGAACCUUCUAAAAGAGGAGGUAAGAUUAUACAGCUGCACACCUCGUAACUUCUCGGUGUCCAUAAGGGAAGAACUAAAGAGAACCGAUACCAUUUUCUGGCCAGGUUGUCUCCUGGUUAAACGCUGUGGUGGAAACUGUGCCUGUUGUCUCCACAACUGCAAUGAAUGUCACUGCGUCCCGAGCAAAGUCACUAAAAAAUAUCACGAGGUCCUUCAGUUGAGACCAAAGAUUGGUGUCAGGGGAUUGCAUAAAUCACUCACUGAUGUGGCCCUGGAGCAUCACGAGGAGUGUGACUGUGUGUGCAGAGGGAACACAGGAGGAUAAGCACAUCGCCACCAGCUGCCCUUUCCAGAGCCAUCAGGUGCAGCGGCUGAUUCUGAUAGAGAACUAAUGCAUUACCUGCAUCCAUAAUCCCAGUUGUUUGCUUCAAGGAUCUUCCAUCUGCAGGAUUUACAGUGAGUUCUAAAGAGGAAGCACCAAAUGGAAUUAGGAGUUGUGCGACAGCGCUUUUGAGAGGAGCCCAAAUGACAGGAGGAAAGGUCUUCAGUCCUGGAAAAAAAUUAAAUGUUGUAGAUGGCUAGCUAGUUACCAUGUUCCUUUUCCACUCGCUACAGUCUGUAUUCCUGAUGUCAUGAUCUGGCUUAGGUUAAUAUCAGGACAAGAAAAAACUGUGCAAGUGAGCACCUGAUUCUGUUGCUCUGCUUAACUCUAAAGCUCCAUGUUCUGGGCCUAAAGUCACAGAAAAUCUGGAAUUUUUUCUCUUAUACUCGCAUAUAUAAACCAGAAUGUUCCAUGUUCUAUAAACUUGGUUUUUAAAGAGGAACUGCGUUGCUAUGAAUUAAACUGGUAUCAUGCUGAUAGGAAAGACUGGAUUUUUCAAGUUUCUUAUUAAAAUGUCUGCCGUUUAGAAGAAGAGAACUACAUUCAUGGUUUGAAAGAGGCAAACCUGAAAAGAAGAGUGGCCUUAUCUUCGCUUUAUCUUUAAGUUGGUUUAUUUGUUUUAUUGUGUACAUUUUUAUAUUCUCUUUUUGACAUUAUAACUGUUGGCUUUUCUAAUCUUGUUAAAUAUAUCUAUUUUUACCAAAGGUAUUUAAUAUUCUUUUUUAUGACAACCUAGAUCAACUAUUUUUAGCUUGGUAAAUUUUUUCUAAACAGAAUUGUUAUAGCCAGAGGAAUAAGGAUGAUAUAUAAAAUAUUGUUGCUCUGACAAAAAGUACAUGUAUUUCCUUCUCAAAUGGUGCUAGAGCUUAGAUUGACCUGCAUUUAAAAAUACAAAAGUGUGAAAUCAAUAGGAUUGGGAAGUCACAAUGAUGUUUUGAAAAUAAAUUAUCAUAUUUUCCACCCCUUUUAUUGGAUAUGCAAAUAAAAAGCAGCAUUCGAAAAGUAGAGAUUCAGCUCCAGUCAUUACUAACUUAACCCUGUUUGGGGGGAAAUAUGAGCCCAGCUCAGAAGAACAUAAAGCACCUUGAUAAAAGAGACUUGACAGCUUCCUGAUAAAGUGAGCUGUGGAGUAGGAACACUCCUAUUUAUUGUGAUGCUUGGGUUUCAAUACCUUUAAACUCUGUUCCAUACACUUGUAUAAAUACAUGGAUAUUUUUAUGUACAGAAGUAUAUCCUUUAACCAAUUCACUUAUUGUACUCUUUGGCAAUUGAAAAGAAAAUCAGUAAAACACUCUGCUUGUAAAAUGCUUAAUAUUAUGCCUAGGUUAUGUGGUGACUAUUUGAAUUAAAAAUGUAUUGAAUCAUCAAAUAAAAGAAUGUGGCUAUUUUCGGGAGAAACUCAGCGUGUGUGUGUGUGUGUGUGUGUGUGUGUGUGUGUGUGCGCGCCCGCGUAUGCUAGCACAAGAUUUAUCUAUUGGACUCUGAGACAAUGAAAGUGAUAAAGGUUUUAUGUUACUAUGAUUUUUGUUAUGCAAGAAAAGAUGUCAAUUUCAAAGAAAGGUUGCAAAGGUACCAUAUCUGCUGAGGCUUCCCCAGCCUGACUCUUCUUUCCAGUGCCUUUAAACAGUGCUUUUCUUUUCUUCACUUGCUUAAUAAUAAUGUCUGGCGAAUUAAGUUGAACCUGACAUUAAAGUCAUAGGUGGUUUACGAAAUACUUAGCAAUAGGUUACAUGGUAAUAUGCAGCGGGGACAGGACUCAUAAAUCUCUGUUCCUGUCUUCAUUUUCAAUAGCAGUCACUAAAUCGGGUGAGAAGUUGAUUUGGUAUUAAAGUAUUUUACAUAGCACACUUCAAAUGCAGUUCCUCUUUUCUAGACAUAGAUUUCUCUCAAAAACUGGCACCUUCAGCACCCGUCUUCACCUUUGUGACCAAAACCAUGCUGUCUACAGAUUGUUCUAGAAAGUUCCCUUUUUCUGUACCUUGACAUCAUGCAGACCUAGCCUGCCUCCUACUACAUGACAUACAGAAUUCUCUCUUGUUUCCUUAACCUUUCCAUAGUUUUGUCCCAGCCACACAGAGGCCAAGAUAGUUUAAUUAUGCUUCAGUAUUUAUAACUCUCACUAACUGGGAAGACAAUUAAGUCUUACAGGAAUUCAUGUAUUUAACUAUGUUUAAUCCAACAUUUUUAACCAUUGAAUGAGAUAUCUUAUUUCCCUUGUAUUUUUUAAUGUUUAUUUUUUUGUUUCCUUGUAAAAUGUUAAUAGUGAAAAUAAAUGACCCUAUAAAGGUGGCAAUGCAGCAUGCUAUUGUCAGUCAGUGAGUUGGGCAAGUGUGAGGACUAACUGCUUUAUGAACAAUUACCCAUAGUUCUUCCUAUUGUAUUAAUAUAAAAAUAAUUAUUUAAUAAGCACUUGCAACUCACUUUCUCAGAAGUCCAGGAACAAGUGACUGUUUUGAUAUUAUUUUGCAUGUGAUAUCUGUGUUUUUUGCCUUUCACUAAGAUAUGAACCAGUUUUGCAUAGUGAUUUUUAUUAAAAGCAAAGAGAAAGACUUAGUUGCCAAGAGACUACAUUCUGUCUACAUUUUUUCAUUUCUACCUCUUUUCUACCUUUCCUCUUUCAUCUAAUAAUCCUUACAUGCACUUUGAAAGCAUAAUAAAAAUCUGCACUGAAUUCAUCUUGUCCUGACUUUAUCACAGUCUCCAAAUGCAUUGACUUAAGCUUGUGAUUUAGUUUAAGAAAAGGCAGAAAAGGAAAGUUUUAUAUUUCAUGUAAUACCCCUUAUCUCCAAAAGGAUAAUGUAAUAUCCUAUCUCUCCUUUAAUUUAGUUUACUUAAUUGUGUAUUCUAGAUACAAUUAAAAUCAUAAAUAUCAUCAUUCUUUAGAUUCUUAAGGAACUGGAAAAUUGAAAAUUUAGUAGGUAUCUUAGUUCGGCUGCUGGAACAAAGUGUCAUAGGCGUAGAACUUCUAAACAGAUUUAUUUCUCACUGUACUGAAAGCUGGAAAUUUGAGAUCAGAGUACCACAGUUUUGGUGGUGGCCUUCUUCCUGGCUCGUGGGCUGCUGUCUUUGUUAUAGUCUCACACGGUGAAAAAGAAGGCAAAAGAGCUCACGGGACCCUGUCACGGGCCCAAUCCUAUUCGUGCAGUUUCUACCCUCAUGGCCUAAUUAUCUCCCAAAUGCUACCACUCCUCAAACUAUCCCUUUGGGGAUUAGGAUUCUAACAUAUGACAUUUAGGAAACACAAACAUUUAACUCAUUGUAAUAGGUUAAUUCCUUUACAUCUGUCUUCCCUGUAUGCUCCCAUGGGUUCGUUGAGUCUCACGGACUUUGCCUUUUCUGUCUCUCUCAUUUUUGUGUCUGCUUCCACACUUCAGUAGCUGCUGGUCUAGUGGAGUCCCUCAUCAACAUCUCGCCCUGUUUGGGCGGAAACAGCUCCUGUUUUUCCGUUUUGCUGCCUCUGGUGUCACUCUUCUCUGAUCUGCCCUCUCUACCACUAUCAGAAGGGUUGUUCAAGCAGAUCUGAUUAGGUAACAUGGUGGAAAUUUUACAGAGGAACACCACAAGAUUAAAUUUUAAUCCCUGCAUGGCACACAAAAUCCUUCCUAAUAUCAUUGUUUACCACUUUCUGCUCAUUUUGCACCGUCAAUCCUAACUCAACUCUAGUGAAUGCUUGUGGUUUCCUGAAAGUACCCAUAGUCCUUCACAUUUCUGUCAAAAAUGUGCUGCACUUUCUUUGGAGCACUAUUCCCAUGCUGACCUAUCUCAGUAACUUCCUCUCAAGUCUGUUCCAAUGCCAGUCCUCAGGGACAUUGUCCUGCCUGCCUUCCAUUUACUCCAUGCUCCCAGGAAUUUUUCAAUUAUAAAUAUUGUCUCAUUGUAUUAUAAUAAAAUACCCUCAUUCUGGUUUCUCAUUAGUCUCUUAUUCUAAUGGACUCCUAUCAAGAAUUAGCUCACUCUUCUUUCCCCAAUGCCUCGUUAGGGGUUGACUCAAAUUGGAAGUCAGGAACAAUUUGCAUGAAUAAAUUAGGGAAGUAAACAUACAAAUGAAUAAAUGAUUUAUUUUAAAGACAGAACUGAAUAUGACAUUGAAAACUUGAUGGAGUUCCUAAAUAUUUCUGAACUUCAUUCACUGUGACUCCUUUUCAGUUCAGUGUACUGAACUACUUUUAAGUAUACCAGUGUACUAGUUCUUUUGGACACCUGCCACAGAGACUAGAACAUGGAGACAAAAAUGUCUAUUCCUUAUGAUGUAAGAUGAGAGAUUAAUUUUCUCUUUAACAAUGUUUUGUGACUAUGUUUGUUUUUUCAGUUAAUAAUUUUCCUACCAACACCUUCUCAGAUAUCAUUUCUUUUAAAUUUGAUAUUUACAAAUUCAUCCAUUACUCAUAAUUUAGAUACUUGUUCUACAAUAUGAUUAAAUCUUUUUCAGUAUGUACAACAAUCUUUAAAAUGUGAACACAAAUAGAACAGUGUUUAAUGAUCCAAAAAUAUCCUUCUAAACCUCUUUUGACUCAGUUUCCAUCAUCAAUCCUAAAACACACAGUUCUGGUGAAUACUCAUAGUUUAUGGAAAAUACCCAUAUCCCCCUCCAUGUCUGUGCUCUAACAUUUACUGUGUUUCCUUUUUGUAGUGUUGUACACUUACCUAUUUUCAAUUUCUUCUUCUCUAGUUUACUGAAAUGUUAAUUUCUUUCACACACUACUUCAGAAAGUAUUUGCACAUCCACCUCUACCAGAGUCAAUCUCUUUCAUAAUUGCUAAGUCAUUUUUAUGGCUUAUCCUGUAGAAAUCUUUACAAAAAUUAAAGAAGAGAUUUGUUCUUUUUAUAGGAAGUAUAUAUUUGAAGAUGAAUAAUCCUAUUAGUUUUAAAGUUAUACAUGCAAGUCCAGCUUGCUCUUUUACAGAAAUUGGCAAGCUGUUCAUAAUAUUCAAACUGAAAUAUGAGAAACCCAAAUAACCAAGAAAUCCUGGAAAAGCAGUACAAAGGUAGAAGAUUCAACUUUCCAAAUUCAGAACUUACUGCAAAGUCACAGAAAUUGUGUGGUAAGGUUAACAAUGUUAGACACACAAAUCAAUGGCAUAGGUUUGAGAAUCCAGAAAUAAACCCUUACAUUUGUUGUCAACUGAUUUUUGACAAGAUGGUUCAAUAGUAAAAGAAUCGACUAUUAGCACGUGGUAGUGGGACAACUGGCCAUCCACAUGUAAGAAAAUGAAUGUGGAUUCUUUCCUUACUCUUUAUACAAAAAUUAACCCUAAAUGAAUCAAAGACCUAAAUGCUAAGCUAUGAAACUCUUAGAAAGACAUAUAAAUCUUUAUGACCUAGAAUUGGCUCUCAGGUAAGACACCAAAAGCAUGAGAGACAAAGAAUAAAACAAGGGCAUCAUGAAAAUUAAAAAAACUUUUCUGAUUCAAAUGAUCACCUUGUAGCAAAAUGAAAGAUGACCCACAUAAUCAGAGAAAUAUGAGCAAAUUCAUAUAUCAGAAUAGGGUCUUAUAUAAGAAUAUAUAAAAAUUUUAAUUUCAAUAAUAAAACGAUACUUCAGUUGAAAAUGAGCAAAGUGCCUUUUUUCAUAAAAAAUAUACAAAUGGCUGAGAAGCACCUAAAAAGAUAGUAUCAUUCGUCAUCAGGAAAAUGCAAAUGGAAAUCACCAUUUACGCCCACAGAGAAAACUAGAAUUAAAAUUAAAAUUAAAUAACUAGAGUUAAAAGACAAUAGUAAAUGUUAUGGGAAUAGGCAGAGAGUGGAACCCUAUUGUAAAAUAUUGUGACCACAUUGGAAAGAAGUUAUGAAGUUCUUCAAAAAAUUAACAUGGAAUUAAAUAUGACUAAACAAUUCCACUCCUAGUUGAAAACCCAAAAUAACUGAAAAUCUAGCACGAAAAUCUUAUGUUCAUAGCAACAUUUUUCAGAAUAACCCAGAAGUGGAAACUACACAAAUGUCCAUCAACUGACAAAGGGAUAAGGAGACUGUGGCACAUUCGUGCAAUGGUACAGUAGUAGUCCAUAGAAAGAACCGGAGCAUUGAUACACACUAUGGCAAGGAUGAACCCUGGAAACAUGCCAAGUGGAAGAACCCAUUCACUUUUAUAUGUUCAUGACCAACAGAUCAAUCAAUGCAGAAAAUAGAUCAAUGUUUUCAGAGGCUGGGGAAGGAGAUAAGUAAGGAAUACUGUUAAUGGGUUUCAGGUUUUUCUUUUUUGAAAUGAUGGAAGUAUUCUGAAAUUGGAUAGUGGUGAUGGCUUCAAAACUGAAUAUACUGAAAACCACUGGGUUAUAUACUUGAAAAGGGUGACAUUGUUAACAUGUGGCUUAUAGCUCAAUAAAAUUGUUCUUAAAAAAUAUCUGGGCACAGUGGCACGUGCCUGUAAUCCCAGUGACUCAG